AUGAAGCUAAAUGUUGACGGCUCAGUCAUCCAACCCGCUGGUUCUGGAACUUGCAGCGGUCUCCUUCGUAAUGGAGAUGGUAACCUCGUGGCGGGUUUCAUGAUGAAAAUUGGAAGAAUCACCAUAACAUUUGCAGAAAUUUGGGCCAUCUACACCGGAAUGAAGCUAGCAGUGGAGCUGGGAAUCAACAGCUUACAGAUAGAAACUGAUUCUUCCUGUGCGUUGAAAUUAAUUGACGGGUCAUCUAGUAGCCACCAUCAUACACUUUCUCUGAUUAGGGCCAUUGAGGAUCUCCGCAGCAAAAUGACUUAUGUGUCGUUUAAGCACGUCGCGAAGCUAAUUUCUGUGCUGAUGCACUGGCAAAGCAAGCUCAGUUAA